AGUGGUUGGAGCACAGACAGCUGAAGUGACCGGCUUUUGAACCAUGUCYUUGCCUGAGCCCAAGGACAGCUAAGACUACAGGGAGGCACAUCUUUGGGAAGUGGGGCCUUGAUUAAAUCCUUGCGACUUGUAGCUACACACAAGCCAGGAGUGAGUGGAAGGCAGCACCUUGGAGCACCGGGACAAAGACAGACAGGGACAUGAGUCCUGAGCACUGCAACUCCAUGAAGACAACACACAACAUACACAUGAAACUAUAACUGCAGGAAAACAUCAGCACUCACUACUGGGGUCAAAAGAGGUAAGGACAAGAGGGAUCCCCAGUAGCUGUCCACCAACCAUCAAGCCAGCCAGCAGACAUGCAGAGGAUGACUUGGAGCGUGUGUGCCAUUCUCUUCCUCUGUCUCUGGCAGGAGAGUCACUGCAGGAGCUCCAGGGAAGCCCAGAGAACCAAAGAGCCUUUCUUUAAACGGACUAAAAGAGCUGUGGAUGCUGAUGCAAAGUGUUCCUAUACUUUUCUGGUACCAGAGCAGAGAAUCACAGGCCCUAUCUGUGCAAGCACCACGGGCCCUGAGCCAGACAAAGACAGAGUGACCCAUAUGGACAUUGCAGAUGUGCGGGAGGUUCUCAACAAACAGAGGCGUGAGAUUGAGACACUGCAGCUGGUGGUGGAAGUCGACGGUAACUUGGUGAAUGAGAUGAAGCUGCUGCGAAAAGAGAGCAGGAACAUGAACUCCAGAGUAACCCAGCUCUAUAUGCAGCUGUUGCAUGAGAUCAUCAGAAAGAGAGACAAUUCUUUAGAACUGGUGCAGCUUGAGAACCGUGUCCUGAAUGUAACCUCAGAAAUGAUGCGUCUGGCUUCGAGGUACAAGGAGCUUGAGGUUCGAUUUGCCACAAUGGCUGGUGUGGUCAACAACCAGUCCAUUCUCAUCUCUGCUCUGGAGGAGCAAUGCCUGAGAACACUGGGACGUAGUGAGCUGCCUCCAGUUCCUCCUCUGGUUCAAGUGGUGCCGGAGAACAUACCGGUUGACAAUCGUUUCACCAAUGAGAUCGUGACAAAGAACCGGGCCUUUCCCCGAGGAUCACGCCGAGAGUCGCCUACUGCAAACCCCUUUGGGAUUGAUCCACCACCACCCCAGGGAACACUUACUUCUGAUGGUCCUUUUAAGGACUGUUACCAGGUGCGACAGGCAGGCUACACCACUAGCGGCAUGUACCUGCUUAAGACCGAUAACAGCGAUCGACUGAUCCAAGCCUGGUGUGAACAUAGUCUCGACAAUGGAGGAUGGACCGUUUUGCAGAGGAGGAGGGAUGGCUCCGUCAACUUCUUUAGGAACUGGGAAAACUACAAGAAAGGGUUUGGCAACAUUGACGGUGAACACUGGCUUGGGCUGGAGAAUAUCUUCAGCUUGGCGAAACAGGGCAACUACAAGCUGAUGACCGAGCUGGAAGACUGGAUGGGGAAGAAGGUGUACGCAGAGUACAGCAGCUUUCACCUGGAGUCAGAGAGUGAGGGUUAUAAGCUGAGACUGGGGACAUACCAAGGGAAUGCCGGGGACUCCUUCAGCAGUAACAACGGCAAAGCGUUCACCACACUCGAUCGUGAUAAGGACGCUUUUACUGGUAACUGUGCCCAUUACCAUAAGGGUGGCUGGUGGUACAACGCUUGUGGUCAGACUAAUCUGAAUGGAGUGUGGUACAACGGUGGAGUUUACCGCAGCAAAUUUCAAGAUGGGAUCUUCUGGGCGGACUAUGGUGGAGGAUUUUAUUCUCUUAAGUCUGUCCGUCUCAUGAUCCGACCAAUUGACUAAAACUUUGAACUGUGGUUCUUUCAAAUCUGCUUGAUUUUAUGCCAACAAAUAAUUUAUAAAAAAAAAAGGCAGAACUGUAAAUCUCUGCUGUUAUAUAAGGAGCCAUGUAAAAGACAGUUGAAAAGAGACAAUGGCAUGAGUCUAAGACUAGACUAACAAUUCCUGAGUUCUGCACAGUGGCUGAAAUGAUGACUGAUCACUUUGCUUUCCGUAAGUAAUUACCCUCAGUAAGUGGCUAUCUAGCUCCCUGCAGCCAUGCAGUAUUACACUCGUGUCUAAUUUUUGAAUAUGUAAUAAAGGGGAAUGGUUAUUUUCUACGAGCAUGGAAUUUCUUAUGAGCAGCUAAUACUGGUAUUAAGUAGUGUCUCUCUUACCAAGUAGCAUUGGAAAUAAUCACAUGCUGGCAUUUAGCUACAGGUUUUGACGCCCUGUUCAGUUUUAUGAUACCCCUUUUCAGCUGGCGAUGUCUCAUGACAUACUGUCGACCUUCAGGUCCGCAGAGAGUUUUUUAUUUUACUUUCUGUAAAUUUUGUAAACUUCUGUAAGCUUCAUAAUGGGCAGAGGGGGUGACCUCAAUUAUUUUAUGAAAUCCAGAGGAAAACACAAAUAAAUCGAACCAGCUUGAAUAGAGGUGGGUAGCCAUUUUACAGCUGCAAUAGCUGUUGUUGUGUGUUGUCCAUCUGUAACUUUUUUUUACUCUGUAAAUUUCGUAAGCUUGCAGAAAAUUUGUGGGUUGGGGUGGGAGGUCUGGCUUGAAGUGUCAACACCCUCCUCUAAAAUCCUACCUUAAAGCCUGAUCACAUGUUUAGAAACAUAAAAACUGAUGCAAUUCAAAGUUACACAGUCACAACACAUAUGUUGUAAAAAUUGUUCCUAUACUGGGGAAAAUUCAGCAGCAGCGUCUGAUCUAAUUUACGUGUCUGAGAAGAUGUUGAUUUAAAUCAUAGGGAGAUUUAUUAAUAAACAAUGUAGUUAGAAAAACAUUAACUGUAAUUUAACUUUGAAAUCACAWCUUUCUGUCAGAAAGACGACAACAAAGAAAGUUUGCUGGGAAAAAAAACUUAAAAAACAAGCUGUGCAGAGGAAAAUCCAACUAGAUUAGAAACAGAUAUGGAUUAGGAAGGGCAUUAAUUGAUGCAGCUAUAAAAUUAUUUUGACUAAAUGAAAAGCAGAAAGAGACAUUAAGAUAAAGGAAGCAACAUCUGGAGGGGAUUUGGAGGGGAACAUUUCACAAAAAGCCACUGAGUGUUGAUAAGCAUAUCUUGAAAUGUUCUCUUUUAGAUAUUUUUCUCCAGAGGCUCUGAAAGUUGGAAUAGAUAAGAGUUGUCUGAUGCUCUAACACCGAACACAGCUACAGUMAACAACUUGUGGCUUGCAUGGUCUUCCUGAACACUAACUGCACUGACAGGCAUGUUAUGCAUCUGAUAUGUUGUACAUCACUACAGUCCCAGGGUUCAGACUUGGCCAGGACAGGCUACGUACUCUUCGUCUUUUGUGAGCCAGCUUUCAAGUUGUUUUGAUCUGAGACAACACUUUACUUGCCAGUGUUCUCCAUUUGACUUGGUAUUUCAUGACAACCACAAAUWAGCAUAAACAGCAAGGGCUGUUCUGCUUGUCUGCUGCCUUUUGUAAAGUCUUUUUCCAUUGAGUUACCAAACAAACAAAAACUGUGUAUUGGAGUAAUAAAGCUCAAUAAUUUACA